AUGCAGAACCAGGUGGAGAGGCCCAGCAGCGUGGUGAGGCAGUUGGCUGCCGUGCACAAGGUGUUGCUGGACGCUGGGGAAUCCCUGAACGAGGUGGUGGCGCACCUGUCGCUGGUGUACGCGGCCGAAGCGGUCGUCACGGUGUUGUUCACGGGCCUGCUGACCGCUGGUCUCUUCCUGGACGACUCGCCCCUGCCGUUCUCCCCUGCAAUCCCUAUGAUUUACUUGCCCUUGUUGGCCAAUGUUUUCAACCUGUUGCUCGUCGUCUUUUGGUGCCACGACACUAUUUUGAAGUUGCUGCUGUUCUCACAACAGCUGCUGGAUCGAAAGCUACAACUCACAUCCUCCAGAUGUUUUUCUAUGGAUGUCUCCUUUAUAUUCUCGGUAGCUGAGGUGGUGAGCUCCUAUAUGGUUGUACUGUUACAGGAGCAGUAUGAACCGACUAAGAGUCCAACACAGCAGGCAGUUACGAAAGAAAUACAACAUUCUGUCGACUAGCUCCACGGCCUACCCACUA